AUGGCGGACAUCACAAACAAAUGGGUUCGUCAUCUCAGAACGCAAGAUCGACAUGAUAAGGACAAAGACAGGGACCGAGCAGAGCCUCAGUCCUUUAUCUGCGAUAUUUGUGGCAAUGAAUCCAAGUCGAUAGAAGCAUGGCGCGAACACGCUCAAAUCGACCCUGAGCACCGUGAUAAGUGGCCAACACCGCAAGCAGCGGAACAAUACGUUAAAGGUAGUUCCAAUAGACCCAACAGUCAAGACUCCAGUAGUAAGAAACGCCGGGCAGACGCAAAUAUUGGAACCACAGAGGAUCAACCUCCUUCAGGGACAACGGCCGAUGAGUCUGACAGUCACCGGGAUAAGCGCUGCUCACCUCCGCCUGCACCUCCGGCCACCAGUAGCCCGCAGACCGGUGUUAGCCGCAGCCGCGCCCGCAAUGACCCCCGGAGCGAGUUCGAGCGACGGCCCCACAAUACUUCAGGUCGACAGCUCUGGUCCGAAGACAAUCAGUUAAAGUCAAUUGGCAAGGGGCGUGCCGUCUCUUUAAGCUCGCCCCGGCAAGGGCCUCCUUCCAAGUCUAAUAGAACCCCUCAACCUACCACGAGACCUUCCCAUCCCACAGAGCCUUCUCAACCUGCCACAGGUCCCUCUCAACCUCCAACCGGCGAUGAUGAGUCUUCCCCCAGAAUGAUGCGCCAACCGGAGACAAGGCCAAUCUCCCAAGACCAACUCGUCGCAGAGGUUAAGGGCAUAUAUGCUGGGCUAGUCAUGGUCGAGACCAAAUGCAUCGAAGUUGAUAAUGCGCAAUCAUCCAAUACCGAUGCCAACUCAAAGCUCAACAAUGAACAAUGGCAGGCAUUAAUUGCAUUACACCGGACACUGCUUCACGAACAUCACGACUUCUUUCUCGCCAGUCAACAUCCUUCUGCCAGUCCCGCAUUGCGCAGGUUGGCCUCUAAGUAUGCCAUGCCUGCCCGUAUGUGGCGACACGGCAUUCAUUCGUUCCUUGAGCUCUUGAGACAUCGAUUGCCAGCGUCUCUCGAGCAUAUGCUUACGUUCUUGUACCUGGCAUACAGCAUGAUGGCCUUGCUGUAUGAAACGGUCCCUGCUUUCGAAGAUACAUGGAUUGAGUGCCUCGGUGACCUUGGCCGAUAUCGCAUGGCCAUCGAGGAUGACGACAUUCGUGACCGUGAGGUAUGGACUGGUGUAAGUCGCCAUUGGUAUAGCAAAGCGUCAGACAAGAGCCCCACAACAGGUAGACUCUACCAUCAUCUGGCUAUCUUGGCGCGACCCAAUGCACUUCAACAGCUAUACUACUAUACGAAAUCGCUGUGUGUCCCUAUUCCGUUUUCGAGCGCUCGGGAAAGUAUCAUGACGUUGUUUGAUCCUCUUCUGAACAGCAGCACGACCCGUCUUUCUCAAACUGAUGCUUCUUUCGUUCGCGCUCAUGGCAUUCUAUUUUCUGGCAAGUCUAAGGAACAGCUUCCGGAGUCUAUGAAAAGUUUCAAUGAUGGAUUGGACGGCCAUAUCGCUCGGUCCACCAAGAGAUGGUUGGAAGCAGGGUACCACACUGGCAUUGCUAUGACUUGUUCACUUCUCGGCUAUGGUGCCGAGUCUAAUGUUCUCAUGCGUGCCAUAUCUAAGAAGCCUGAGGAAACUGACGUUCCCAUGGAUGGAAGCGCGAUCCCCGAAGCCACUCCGGACGAGACUUUUAACCUUGCUUUGACCUUUGCCAUUGACACAAUCGAGAUUGUACUUCGUCGAUGGGGGGAUACCAAUACUUGGCCGUUCUUGCAUACCAUCAUGGUAUUCAUGAAUUACAUGACUCGAUAUCCAGCGGCUAUCUCGCAUUUGGAAGAGAAAUAUCCUUGGAAGCUUACUUCUCUGAUGCUUAACUCACUACUAGGCUCUUGCGAGCCUGGAAAAGAGGUAAAAAGUCAGUUCCACCCAUGGGAAGAGGACCAACACCCACGCCCGCUGCCAGAAGAUUUUGCCUUGCGGGGUUUGCUUCAUUCCGAGGACUACUUCCCCAAUGACUGGUUCCAGAACGACAAGAUCGACGAGGACGAGAAGUAUUUUGAGUUGCCAUCCAUGUCGGAAAAGCGCAAGGAUCGAAUUCUAUCUCUGGGUUCCAAGAUUGCUACUUCAGGCAGCUGGUUGAUCUGGAACGAGGACACCUGCAAGUUUACGGUCCCAGACAAAUAUGACGUUCAACUGGACAACAUCCCUGCGUGA